AUGGCGACGCGUGCAGACGUGCCGUCGACGUCGUUCUCGGUGCGCGUCGGUGCGCGCGCGCGCGUACGGGGGUCGGAAACGGUCGAUUCGCGCGCGCGCCGCCGGUGCGCGUCGUCGACGUUUCGCUCGAGCGUUCCCGCGCGGGCGUCGAUCGAGGGCAAAGAGGGACGAAGAAAGGGCGAGCGAUACCUUCGGGAGUCCGCGGGGGUGAAACCUGGAACGUUAGGGGGGGGACGGGAGAGCGCGGGCGCGGAUGGUAGCGCGGAGGCGUCGACGCGCGCGCGGAGCAAGCCCGAGGUGUUGGCGCCCGCGGGCGGAUGGCCGCAACUGCGCGCGGCGAUCGAGAGCGGUGCGGACUGCGUGUACUUGGGGUUGGAUGCUCUGAACGCGCGGGCGCGGGCGAGUAAUUUCACGUUGGAGGAGCUAUCGGAGGUGGUGAAGUACACGCGUUCGAGAGGGCGUAAAUGUUACGUGACGAUGAAUGUCUUGGUGUUCGAUGAGGAGUUGAAAACGGCGGAGCGGUUGAUCCGGGGCGUCGCGAAGGCCGGUGCGGACGCAGUGAUCGUGCAAGACGUCGGCGUGGCGAAGAUGAUUCGAGAGUUGGCACCGAAUCUUCCGAUUCAUGGCUCGACGCAGAUGUCGGUGACGAGCGCCGAGGGCGCACGGUUCGCUAAAGAGUUGGGAUGUAAACGCGUCGUCGUCGGCCGAGAGCUCAGCGUGCGAGAAAUUGCGGCAGUCAAGGCCGGCUGCCCCGACGUCGAGGUGGAGGCGUUCGUUCACGGCGCGCUGUGCGUGAGUUACAGCGGCCAGUGUUUCUCGAGCGAGGCGUGGGGUGGGCGGAGCGCGAACAGAGGGCAAUGCGCCCAGGCGUGUCGCAUGCCAUAUGGUUUGGUCGUCGACGGCGACUUGCAGGAGAUGGGCGACGUGAAGUACUUGCUCUCGCCUCAAGAUUUAAUGGCGGUCGAACUUGUGCCGGAGCUUAUCGACGCCGGCGUCGGGUGCUUUAAAAUCGAGGGACGGUUGAAGGGACCUGAAUACGUUGCGAGCACGACUCGGGCGUACAGACGUGCCGUGGACGCAGCGUGGGAAGCGACGCAACGGGGGUGUGAUGUUGAUCCGUCCGAGCUGUUGACGAAUGAACAACGAAUAGAGCUGACACAGGUGUUUGCGCGCGGGCAAGACGCCGAGUUUGACGGUCUCACGCCCGGAUUUUUGGAGGGGCCGAAACAUCAGCGCUUGGUGCGCGGACGCGCGCCGAGGCAUCGCGGCGUCUUCCUGGGAGAAAUCACGCGCGUGAUCAGGAACGGACGAACGAGCGGUGAGGUCAUGAUUCGCGUGAGUGAUGGAGUGGAGAUGAAGCGAGGUGACGGCGUCGUCAUCGAUCGAGGCGCUCCGCAAGACAAGGAAGAGGGCGGGCGCGUGUUCGAAAUUUUUGACAGUAACCGACAGCUUGUUGGUGGAAAGGGUGAGGGUGUCACCGACGGUGAGUACACCAUCGCGUUCGGAUCGAAUCAAAUUGAUUUCGAUAGAAUCGAGGUCGGGCAGCUCGUCUGGCGGACUUCGGAUCCAACGCUCGAGGCGAAGUUGGCGAAGAUGGUUCCCACGGAACAAGUGAGUCGUGAAGGAUUCAGAGACUCUGUGGCUGUCGUUGUUCGCGGCGCCCUCAACGAGCAGCUCGUCGUUCAAAUAAUAGACGAAGCCGGUCGGACGGGUGAAGGACGCACAUUUUCAGCGCUAGAAUCAAGCCAAAACAAGGCCCUGGACGAAAAGUCUCUUCGUAAAGCCAUCGGCGAGCUCGGAGGUACGCCUCUCGUCACGGCAAGUGUCGACGUCUCUGCACUACGAGGAAUAGUGUGCGACGGAGACGAAGCUCCGAUCCCUGGGAAGGGACUGUACAUAUCACCGACAGAGAUUAAGGCGGCACGACGUGACGCAGUGGAGGCGCUUCUGCGAGAGCGACGGACCGGAGGUCCGGACCGCGCGGAAGGAUUGGCAAACGAUGAAGUCGUCGACGCUCUCGUUCGUAAUGCAUGGUGGGGCGAUGGCGCGAGAAAAUCUCAAACGUCGACGAUGGCGACGACGAAGAAGUCCGCGCGAAACGAUGAAGCGUCGAUCUCCGUACUCUGCCGCACGCGUACGCAGGCAGAGGCGGCGAUAGAGGCGGCUGGCUUUGAUGAAAUUGUGUUGGAUUUCUUAGAGGUGCACGGCCUCGCCAAGGUGGUGAAGCUCGUGCAAGACGCUGGAAAAACAGCGGUCGUCGCGACGCCUCGCGUGCUCAAACCCGAGGAGGAACAACUCUGGCGAUUCUAUCUCAACCUCGGCGCCGAUGCACUGCUUGUUCGUUCUGCUGGACUCUUGAGAACCCUUCUCGAUUUGAGGGAGUCUGGAUCGGAAGACGUACCAUCGUUACGCGGCGAUUUUUCGCUGAACGCUGCCAACUCCAUCGGGGCCGAUCUCUUCCUUCGAUCUGGACUCGAUCGAUUGACGCCGACGCAUGAUUUAAACGCGGAGCAACAACGCGCAUUGGCCGAAUCGCUCGGCCCCGAGGGAGCAUCCAAGCUCGAGGUCAUCGUGCACCAGCACUUGCCAAUUUUCCACACUGAGCACUGUGUCUUCUGUCGGUUCAUGUCCGACGGAAACUCGUUCAAGGACUGCGGUCAUCCUUGUGAGAGCAAAAGUCUGCACCUGCGAGACGACCACGGCGCCGAUCACCUCGUCCUUGCGGACAUGGGCUGCCGUAACACCGUCUUCAACGCCCAGGCGCAGACUGGUGUGGAUUUCCUCAAGAUGUUCCUCGCCGCCGGCAUCACGCAUUUCCGAGUCGAGCUCGUGGACGAGCCCGCGAUCGUCGUUCGUGAUAUCUUACAAGUCUACGCUGACGUCGCGAGCGGGAAGAAAUCUCCCUCUGAGGCCGCAUCGUGGCUCUCCAAGCUGCCGGACGCGAACGGUCGCGCUCAUGGCGUCUCGAAAGGCUCGCUUGAGGUCAAGACCGAGAUCUCCCGAGGCGACCUCAGACCGACCGCCGCGGCGAGUCGCGAGGCCACCAAGAAACGUGCGUCUCCACCGAGCAAACCGUCCCCAAGGCGCACGCGUUGA